AGUUCUGUUUUCGUCAUCAUCAAUCAGCGACUUGUCAUUUCGGUCGAUUGUUAUCUUUCUAAAGAUUCCAAAAAUAUAUUUUUACACGCAAAACUGUGUGUUUCUUUGUUUUUCUUGUAAAUUUGAAAUCAAAAAGUGGCGUAUUUAAAUUAAGACCAAUGUCGAAAUUCGAAGAUAAUCCAUUUAGUGAUCCAACCAUAGACAACCCGUUUUCUGAUCCUGCUGUGCAGCAAGUAGCAAGAAGUACUAAUAAUGCUACACAUGGUCUCGAUGACUACAAUCCCUUCGAUGGCCAACAAAAUGCAAAUCGAGCUACGCUACCACAACAACCAACACAGCCCGCAAUCAUGCAAGCAGUGUCACCUCCCAGCAACCAAUAUCAGAGACCUGCACAGCCCCAGCAGUCAAGUCAAGGUCCUCCUGCUGACUUUACAACUGCCGAUUUCCAGAGGAGGCAAGAGGAAUUAGAAAGGAAAGCGGAGGAGCUUGCGCGACGUGAGGCAGAACUGCGUGCUGGCUCCGCAGGCCGCCGCAACAACUGGCCCCCAUUGCCCGCCUUCUGUCCAGUUCAGCCCUGCUUCUACCAGGACAUCAAUGUAGACAUACCUUUGGAGUUCCAGAGGGUUGUUCGUCACUUGUAUCACAUGUGGAUGUUUCACGCGCUGGUCUUAUCUCUGAACAUUAUUGGCACUAUGUCUAUCAUGUUCUCUGUUAAAACUGUCACUCCCUUCGGCCUGUCCAUCCUAUACUUCGUACUGCUCACACCGUUUAGCUUCGUGUGCUGGUACCGGCCGAUAUACAAAGCAUUCAGAAGUGACUCCUCAUUCAAUUUCAUGGUGUUCUUCUUCAUAUUCCUGUUUCAAAUCAUCAUAUCCAUUGUCCAAUCGAUUGGAUUCAGCGAAGGUGGAUUUUGUGGACUUAUCACCAGCAUCACUGCGUUUGAAAACAAUGUAGCUGUUGGUGUGAUCACAAUGCUCGUUACCAUUGGAUUCAUCACCUGUGUUGUGGUUGAUAUUAUGCUUAUGGCGAAGGUGCACCGGAUCUACCGGUCGACAGGCGCAUCAUUGGCGAAGGCGCAGGCUGAGUUCACGACGGAGAUUCUACGUAACCAACACGUGCAAACGGCCGCAUCUAAUGCUGCUGCCGCCGCCGUCAACGCGCAGAUUGCCAAUGCCAACAGAUAUUAAGCGGCCUGGUUAACUAAUGAUAUGAUUGGACAAGUGCAAAUGCCAAUGAAGCGGUGCCGCCUCUUCAUGAAAGUACAUGCAACAAUCAAGAUUCUAGCUUCUUUUUAUACUAAAAUAUUUAUGUGUAUUUACUUGGUUACAUGGUAUCAAUUAUAAAUCAAAUCAGAUUUUCGUCACAUGUAUGUACCUAAAGAAUUAAUCAAUUUAAUUAUAGAAAUUGCUUAAAAUCUAAUUGUACUUUUUACUUGUGUAUUGUUAGGGCUCCUUAGCAUUAUUAUCAAAAUACAUUAUUGGCCCGUUUGUCUGUUUUACAAUUGUCUGUAUAUCACAGCACUUUUAAUUCUAAGUAGUAGAAUAGUAAACAAAUAGACAAUUAGACAAAUAAACAAUAUUUUUUCUAUGCUUAAUUUAUAUCUGAAAUGUAAAAUAAUGCGCAUGAAAUUCGAUUGUUCUUGAUAUAAUUUAAGGUAUAAUUCCAAAAAAAACAUAGUUGAUGUGGUAUUAAAGUAAUAUGGUCAUUACAAAAUUAGGCAUGGUCCAUUGCAAAAAAUAAUACAAAUUGUUGGAGAAUUGAUAUCAUUCACACUAAAAAGUAAAGUUGAUUUGAGUAACUAAAGUCAAUUAAUGACAAAAUAUAAUUACUAUACAAUGGAUAUAGCUUUUUUAAAUCGUCUAAUUGUUUACUGUUAAGGAAAGUUCUGGGCGGUUUUAAAACACUAGUUGCACAGACAAGUUGUUCUAAAUGAGAUUUUUCUAAUUAGUUGCAAAUUUAUAUGAUUCUCUGUUGGCAUGAUAUCUGAUUUUAUUCAUACCGUACACAUAGUUUAUGAAUAUUAGACAUAAAAUAUGUUUUGUUAAAAUGUAGUAAUUUAUAGUAAUUUUAUGAAUUAAUGUUAAACAGAUUAGUUUUACGGCCAAAAUGUCAUAUGGCUGUGUAACAUUUCUUAAUUUAACAAUAUUGGACUAAAUAUCGUUGCGCAUUUCUUUAUUAUAACUUAAUAUUUAAAAAUGUUUCGAUUUUGCUAGUUAUAAAAUAGUUAUUUUCGUAUACCUACAGUGAGCUUAUAGACGCUUUAAAUAUAUAUGUGCAAAUUGAAGUCUCUAUUUAUUUUAAUUUCAUGAAUCAGUAAAUAAUAGAAUUCAACAAUCUUUCUUGUUUAUUGUUUAAAAACAGUAGCGGAGCAAACUUUUGAAUUGGGGAAUAUAAUUUAAUAAAAACAUUCCAAAAAUUUUUAAAAUAUUUACAUCUUGGAAAUUAGUGUAAUUCAAUUUGUAAUUCAUAUUGAAUUUUCGUAAUUGUAUUGGUGUGUUCAAUUUUGUCAUUUCAUUAGUGUUUUGGACCACUUAAUUAGAAUACGAGUGGACGAGAGACAGUCCGCAUGCAUUUUUGACCAACAAAAUAGAAUAGUUACAAUCAAAAGCAUAACUGGGUGUACACAAAGAAGAAUAUUCUUCACGGACAAGUCUCUCGUUUACAGUUCCUUGAUAUUUCCAAGUGUGAAUUCUUGCCCUAUAUACUGAUUCUAGUUAUUCCCAACAUAUGCACAAGACUUCUAGUAUUUAUGUAAUUGUAUAAAAAUAGCUUAAGACAAAACUAUUAAACAUAGUAUAUUAACUAGUCAUUGGACUAAACAGCUUUGAGAAA